AUGCGAAAACAACCCUAUGAUCUCUCAAGGGAGCAUUAUUUUAUUCCUGAUCUUCAUUUUAAAUAUGAUUAUGACCAUAUGCACUCCUAUCAACCUUAUAUAUCUUCAUGUUCAUUUGUCGAUAAUACUUUCCAACAAAAUCCAUACCAGUAUAUUGAAACACCAGGUUGUCCAAGUUUAACCCAAACAUAUUUAAACACAAAUUAUGAUGAAAAUAUAAAUUAUCAAAAUUACACAAAUCCUUUGUUUUCAAAUCAAAUUAUGGUGAAUUCAACUCAUUAUGUUUGUAAAUGGCUAAUUGAAAAUGAUACAAAUAUUUAUUCCAAAAUUAUUUGUGAAAAAAUGUUUAUAUCACUUAAUGAUUUUGUUCAUCAUAUUACCGCUGAUCAUGUAGGUAAUUCAGAUAGAAAAGAACAUUGUUGUAUGUGGCUUGAUUGUACACGAACAUGCAAACCAUUUAAAGCAAAAUACAAGCUUGUUAACCACAUACGAGUUCACACUGGCGAAAAACCAUUUUGUUGUCACUGCUGUGGAAAGUUUUUUGCUCGGUCUGAAAAUUUAAAAAUCCAUCAGCGAACUCAUACUGGUGAGCUGUUUUUCAAUAUCAAUUUAGGAGAAAAGCCUUUUAUUUGUACAUUUGAUGGGUGUGGUCGACGUUUUGCCAAUAGUUCGGACAGAAAAAAACAUUCCCAUGUUCAUAUAACAAACAGACCAUAUUUCUGCAAGUAUAAAAGAUGCAAGAAAAGUUACACUCACCCAUGUUCUCUUCGAAAGCAUUUGCGUAUGCACGAAGAAACUGAAAUAACCGACUAUCCCACAGACAAGAUAAACAUGAACAUCAAAGAUAAAAAUUUAAAUUUUUAUGAUUUAAAUUCUAACGGAUCACAAAAUGAAUCGGAAAAUUCUUGUUUGACAAUUAAUUAA